AGACAACCUUUGAAGAAACUAUUUCUCAAUUAAGAAAUAAUGAUUUGUAUUCAUCCAAGUCAAAUAAUUCAUUUUUAUUCUACUUUCAACAACCUAAUGACAAAAGUAUCUAUCAAGUGACAAUUUCUGGUUACUUUUUGGCACCAAUGGUAUUUACGGGCAAAUUAAACAUGAAUACUGGACAAGAAAGGGAUGUUGAUAAUGAUG